GUUCUCAGAUCUGGGGGAUGCAGCGGGUGGAUGGAGGUGGAGGAGGAGGUGAAAGACUAGAAGGCGGAUAACUGAAUGUCUCGGAAGGAUGCGAAUUAUUGAAGCUCUCCGGAUUGCCUGUCAACCAACAAUGGUUUUGCUCGUUUGACAUGAGAAUGUGCGGCAACAACGACCUAGGCCUGCGGUUUGUACUGAGCACGGAGCACGGAGCUUGACGUUAUAUGUGACACUGAGCAUUUGCCUUUCUUGACAAAUAGUGAAUUGAUUUCCAACUAUGUUACGUAACGUUGUCGAGGUGUUUUCCACACAAUUAAACGGGAAGAAAACCGGAGGACAUAAAGUGACCCUGUGAUUUGUGGUGCAACUGCCAUCAUGGUUUUAGCCGUCGUUUUAGCAUCAUUGCCAGCUGAUCUCUUCUGCCGUGCUGCUGCAGACUGGACGUCAACGUGAGCGGAGCGUCAGAACCAAAACAUACCGAAAAUACAUCUUUAACCGAGUUUCAGCAUGGAGGGGUCGACGUUACAGCCUAGCUGUUUGACAGGUCUGUUUAUGUGGACGACUUUGUGUCUGCUCAGCCACGUUCAAUCCGCGCCGGACGCCUCGGGCCUGCCUCUCGCCAUCCGCGUCCCACUGCGACAAGGCGCUCUCGCUGAGAAGCCAUCGCCGCUGCCACCUGCCGCUGCGUACCGCGAGCACGGCAACGCGGCGAAGCGCAGUGCGCGCAGGCGGAGAGGAGCGGCAGCGAGCAGCAUCACCUUCGUGGACAUGAUUGAUAACCUGCGUGGGAAGUCUGGUCAAGGAUACUACGUGGAGAUGGCUGUUGGCUCUCCUCCGCAAAAGUUGAACAUCCUGGUGGACACAGGAAGUAGUAACUUUGCUGUGGGGGCUGCUGCUCAUCCCUUCCUGCGCAGAUACUACCAUCGUUCACUCUCCGGCUCGUACCGUGAUCAGGGCAGGAGUGUGUAUGUUCCCUACACGCAGGGUCGCUGGGAGGGGGAGCUGGGAACGGACCUGGUCUCCGUCCCCCACGGCCCCAACGCUACGCUGCGCGCCAACAUCGCUGCCAUCACCCAGUCAGAUCGCUUCUUCAUCAACGGAUCCAACUGGGAGGGAAUCCUGGGACUGGCCUACGCCGACAUAGCCCGACCUGACGAGACAUUGGAGCCUUUCUUCGACUCUCUAGUUCGGCAGACUCGUGUUCCCAACCUCUUCUCUCUGCAGUUGUGUGGAGCAGGCUUCUCCCAAAACGACUCCCUGGGUAGCGCUACUGUUGGUGGCAGCAUGAUCAUCGGAGUAGUGGACCCGUCCCUGUACGUGGGAGAGCUUUGGUACACUCCCAUCCGCAGGGAGUGGUACUAUGAGGUCAUCAUCGUGCGCAUUGAGGUGAACGGACAGGAUCUGAACAUGGACUGUAAAGAGUACAACUAUGAUAAGAGCAUCGUGGACAGCGGCACCACUAACCUUCGACUGCCUAGAAAAGUCUUCAAGGCUGCAGUCAAGGCUAUUGAAGCAGCUUCUUCGACCGAGCAGUUUCCCUCUGGGUUCUGGCUGGGGGAGCAGCUGGUUUGUUGGCAGGCUGGUACUACACCCUGGCACAUCUUCCCCGUCAUCUCCCUCUACCUGAUGAGUGAAAACCACAACCAGUCCUUCAGAAUCUCCAUCCUGCCGCAGCAAUACCUGCGGCCAGUAGAGGACGUGGCUUCCGCCGAGGAGGACUGUUACAAGUUUGCCGUGUCCCAGUCCAGCACUGGUACGGUGAUGGGGGCUGUCAUCAUGGAAGGCUUCUAUGUGGUGUUCGACCGAGAAAAUAAACGCAUCGGCUUUGCAGUCAGCACCUGCCAUGUGCAUGAUGAGUUUCGCACAGCCUCUGUGGAGGGCCCGUUCCACGGCGUCGACCUCAAGGACUGCGGCUACAACAUCCCUCAGACGGACGAGUCCACUCUCAUGACCAUCGCCUACAUAAUGGCGGGCAUCUGCGCUCUCUUCAUGCUGCCGCUGUGUCUCAUGGUGUGCCAGUGGCGCUUCGCCCGCUGCAUCUACCCACACGGGGACUUUGCUGACGACAUAUCGCUCCUGAAGUAAAGGGCGAGAAGAAAGACGACAAACGGAGUCGUGCAGCACUAUAAUUGAAACGCAGGCAAGGGUGAAUUGUGGGCUAAAAGAUGAGCGUUGUUACAGAAUGCUGGUGCUGUUGAAACAGAACUUUGAAGAGGUUUUCAGGAAUCUAAUAUGUAAAGUGUAGAAAAAGGCUGACAUACAGUGAUUGCACAGUGAACAGAUCAAUUGAGGAUAACUAGAGCCAUUACUAACUGGUGGAAAAAGUUGGUGUCGUCAGCAUCAACUUUGCCUGUUUAAGCUACCUAUGCAGAAAAAGCUUGGCGAAAGAUGGGUAAAAGAAAUUGAAAAAAUCCUGGUAAAAAUCUUUGUUUUAGUGUUUUAAAAAAAAGACCACAGAGAUGGAUUGGAUUUGUAAUUUUGAUGUCUCUUAACAUUUGAAGAGCUCAAAACUCGGUGGGUUUAGGUAAAAUAAGGAUAAAACAGAUAAUUUAAUAAACAUUGCAAUGCUUAGUGAAGAAACACAUCCUGGAUAUGAAUACAAGAUUGGAAUCUAGACUUGUUUUGUUAUGGUAUGAUUUGAAAAUGUGAGUGUAUGGUUAUAUGUGUGUGUAUAGAUCUGCUAUUUGUGGCUUAUGAGUGAUUGAAAGUUGAUGUGUGAGCAUGCCUGUAUGUGUGCACGGCUGCACUGAAGGGUAUACACAAAGAUUUAUUAAAAUGAAGAUGAUACUGAAAAUUAAAAUACUACUGCGUAUGAAUAGCUUCUAUAAAAUCACACUAUUUUGCAAUUGCCAGCAAAUAAUUUUGCACUGCAAACUAAGUAAGCAUAAAGAGGUUCAGUUGAUGAAAUAUCAGAUUGUAACAGCAUUUAUUUCAUAAGAUCAGUUUUGCUUGGUGUGAAUCUGAGACUACUGACAAAAUAAGAUGUCACGUUUUCCUCCUAUAUUGAUAGUUUAAAUGUAUCUAUUGUAAAUAAAAUGUAUUGCAUUCCAGAUCUGUUAUUCAUGCAUACACACAGACACACACACAGUAAACACAUUGCUUAUAUUGCUGCUGCAUCAUCAGAUGAUUGCACAUGUAACAGCACAUUAUGUUAACAGAGCGAAACUUUGAAAGGGCUUCUUUCACAGACACAGAAACAACCUAACUCACAUCUUUCAAUGGGGACCAUAUAUGCUUUGACAAGGAAACCAGCCAAAAGUAUCUUAAACACUUAAAACAUUAAGUAUGUGUACAAGGGACUGUAUGUAUUGUCUCAAAGCAAGCUGUACAUUGAUAAACUGUAUAUUUAUCUGUCAGGCGCUGGCAUCACUGUGGAAUCAAUAAAGUACUUAUUGUAACUGUAA